AUCUCCACUUCGCCUACCAUAUUUCAAUUCCAAAUCUAAUUCGCAUCCGAAAAUGUCUGGGCGGGGCAAGGGCGGCAAGGGUUUGGGGAAGGGCGGAGCGAAGCGCCACCGCAAGGUCCUCCGCGAUAACAUCCAGGGCAUCACGAAGCCGGCCAUCCGCCGUCUGGCUCGCCGUGGCGGCGUCAAGCGCAUCAGCGGGCUGAUCUACGAGGAGACUCGCGGAGUGCUGAAGAUCUUCCUCGAGAACGUCAUCCGCGACGCCGUUACCUACACUGAGCACGCUCGCCGCAAGACGGUGACGGCGAUGGACGUCGUCUAUGCUCUGAAGAGGCAGGGGCGCACUCUGUACGGAUUUGGCGGUUGAUGAUGUGGCUAGGGUUAGGGAUUUGUGUAAAUUUGUUGUAGUUUCGUAAGUGAUUUCGGAUUUGCAGUUAUGAAUUGUGAAAUUCGAUGUAUGGAAUUUGAUGUUUGUUCAAUGAAAUGGUGCUUAUUAUCUAAAA